AUGGGUAACCAGAGAUUACGUGCGCUCGAAGCGUGGAUUGAGGAGGAGAAUGAGAGGGUUUGGAGGGUUGCUGGGGCGGAGGUCGUGAGUCCGAGGAAGACUGCGUACCUUCACCUCGAUAUUGAAAUCCUGAGUAUGGAAGAUACUGCGACAACGAGCAAUAUCAACGGCACGGGGUAUGGAACAGCGUUUUGA